AGUUAAGAGGCUGUUGAGACAGGAAAUGGGAUGUUGCCUGACUCCUCGCAGCACAGUGAACCACUCUAGCUGAUGAUGCACAGAAUGUCACUGGGCGAUACUGGGAUGAGCAAAUAUUUCUUACCGCUACUGCUUGUUUGCUGCUGGAAGGUGUCGACUGCAGUGUCUGCUGAUUAUGAUGACUAUAGUUUCAAUGGAACCGAUGACAAUCAGCCCAUGCAACAGAAUGGUCUGUGCCCUCGGGCCAUCCCAGCGGAGACAGUAAUUGAGAACAACAAAACUUUCCUACGUAUCUCAAAAACUUCACGUGUUCCACUUGGUGGCCCACUCAUCGUUGUUGUCCUCCCAUCUUUCUACACCCUUGUCUUCCUCAUUGGACUACCUGCCAAUGCUCUGGCACUUUGGGUGCUCACCACACGGGUGGAGAAACUGCCCUCCACCAUUUUCCUGAUAAAUUUAGCAACUGCUGAUCUCUUAUUAUGCCUACUGCUUCCUCUGAAGAUCUCUUACUACUUCUUGGGCAACCACUGGCCCUUUGGGGAGGUUAUGUGCCGCUUUACCACUACAGCCUUCUAUGGCAACAUGUACUGUUCCAUUCUCUUGCUUGCCUGCAUCAGCGUGGACCGCUACUUUGCCGUAGCCCACCCUUUCUUUGCCCGUUCCUUCCGCAGCUCUGCCUUUGCCAUGGGCACCUGUGCUGUAGUCUGGGUGGUGGCUGUCCUCUUCACGCUGCCUCUGACUCUCUUCCGCCAGUCCUUCCCACUCCAUAGGACCAAACAGACCCUAUGCCAUGACGUCCUGCCACGGGAAGAGGAAGUUAAGUACUACUACUAUUACUUCAUCAUCCUCGUUGCCUGUGGCUUCCUGACCCCUCUCCUUAUCAUGGUGCUCAGCUCUGGGGUUACACUCUGGGUCUUGUUGGGCAGCGGUGGAAAAUAUGCUUUGGCUGCCAAGCUGACAGCCCUCAUGCUUAUCUCAGUCAUGACCUUCUAUAGCCCAAGUCAUAUCUUGCUGCUCCUCCACUACUCCCACUCCUGCCUCCAGAGUGAUGGGAUGGUCUAUGUGGCCUACAUAGGCAGCCUGGCCCUGAGCACCUGCAACAGCUGUGUUGACCCCUUCAUUUACUAUUAUGUCUCGGACGAAUUCAGGUCAAAUGUGAAGAGGAGACUCUUUGGCCACCGGAAGGAUUCUGCGGUAUCUGUGAAGACUCUAAAGGAGACACUGCCCUCAAAGACCUUCCAACACUCCCAGUCUCUGGGAUGAGGAAGAGAUGAUUGUCUUCACUGCACUGUACUUGGCUAUUUAGUGGCAAGGAAAGGAAAGCAGAAAAGGUGCUGGCUGGGGCUUUACAUGGUCUUAUCAAGAAUUUGUAUGAAGGAGCGGCUAAUGGUCAGCUUGUUCUUGGAGUUCUUGAAGCAAUACAGCUGGAUAAAACCUGCCCAACCUCAGCUCUGUUCCAACUUCCAAUAAACCUAAUUAUGUUCUUCACUAAUUAUGA